AUGACUAUGACACAAACACCUAUAGAAGCAAACUUCUUUUCCUUGACCAAGCGGAAAGAUCGGGUUAAUCCAAGAGAUGUGCAGGGUAUCUUCGAUCGCCUCCCAGCCGUAAGCCCCGUGUUUAUCUUUGGCGAAUGGGGGGCCCAUUUGUUGGCGACUGGCCAUCCUUCGGAUCAAAAGGCAGCAGCAUUGCUGCCCGUCUUCAAGGCUUUCCGUUCCCACACAUCUGUGGUAAAAUACUCGUUGGAGGGUAGCGAGAAAAAGCAUCUCCCAGGAUGGGGAAAUAUGUUCGCUCUUUCCUUUUUCCUUCUCUUCCUACAAGACUAUGUCCUGCUGCAAUAUAUGCAAGGCUCAGCCCUCCUGGCGUUUAAUAUCACAUUGGCUCCAUGCAUGAGGCCAGUGUUCAAGCCUUCGGAUAACGCAAGGACCUUGCCUGUACAACCAUGGAUAAAAGCGGUCAACCCCGUAUGUGAUUCGAUAUCAUUGAUACUUUGCAAGUUUUAUGGUGAUGAGGGAAGCCAAGCGUGUCUCUUUGAUUAUUUGUUCUGUAUUAAUGAUGCUUAUACCGAUUCAUAUUAG